CAACGCCUUCAGGAAACAACAUUUGUCGUUCAUUUUCAGAACUUUCAAAUGUUUCUGGUCGUUUUCCUUGCUCGAUACAACACUUUUUUCGGGCACAAUGUACAGUCUUGUCCGCUUCUUGUUCCUGUCCCUGUCCUGUGGUGUGGUCUUGAGCACAGCGCCGAAUUUUGACGACAGGAGCACCAACUGUGGCGGGGUACACACGGGGGAUCUGGGCGGGAGUAUCGUGUCGCCAAGCUGGCCCUCGAGGUACAGCAGCAAACGCCGCUGCGUGUACGAGAUCAACCUUCUCCCCGGCAGGACCGUCACCCUGAAGUUCUCCUCUUUCCACUUACAGGCUCGUAAGAAAAGAAAGUGUCGGGACUACGUGGAAGUUUACGACGGUAACAGCCGGAUGGGAGGUCAGUUCUGCGCGAGAGAAAUCUCCUCGUCCCGGGUCUUCAGAUCACAGACCAACCGAAUGACGGUGGUUUUCAAGAGUGACCGGAAGAGGGGCUUCCCAGGGUUCAAGGCGACGCACACCUCCACCGGAUGUGGUGACCCCGUCGUACCCAGGACACCGUGGACCAAGAGCGGUGGGAACAAGAUCGUGGGAGGGAACGAGGCUGCGCCUGGAAGCUACCCCUGGCAGGUCUCUCUCCGCCGGUAUAGUGCAGCCGGAGUGUUCCACGUCUGCGGAGGGUCAUUGCUGAGCCCGAAGUGGGUCGUCACCGCGGCCCACUGCAUUGUCCACGGGCUAGAUUGGGUCGCAGUCGGCGACCACGAUCGGUACAACAGCCCGGCGACAAAACAGACGGUCAGAAUCGAGAGGAAGUUCAAGCACCCCGGCUACGACGACGACACAAACGCAAACGACAUCGCCCUGCUGAAGCUACGGUCCGCCGUGUCUCUAACUCCCCAAGUCCAGCCGAUUUGCCUCCCCAACCCCGCCACGAAGACCGCGGCCAAGACAGUCGUCACCGUGACCGGGUGGGGUACAGUCGCGGAGAGUGGGGACUCGUCUGCCGUCCUACUACAAGCCGACAUGCCGGUAGAAGACGACACAUACUGCGUCGCAGCCUACAACUACAUACACACUUGGUCGGGCGCUGUCUAUCCAAAGGUCGACUCUCAGAACAUGAUGUGCACCGGGUACCGUAGUACGGGCGGGGUGGAUACGUGUCAGGGAGACAGCGGUGGUCCCGUGGCGGUGUUCCAGUCCGAAGGGCCGGCAUAUCUAGCGGGGGUAGUCAGCUGGGGCUACGGCUGUGGACGUCAGUACAUCCCGGGGGUGAACGCGCGAGUCCCCGUCUUUGUGGACUGGAUCCAAAAAACCAUAGACAAUAACUCCUAAAGGCUUACCUACAGCAGGAGAUGUCGCCUUCUUUACGUUUGUUUGUUCAUUUGGGAAGGAGAAACAGAAACCUUGGUCAUUUCAUUUUGUCUAAAUAUGAUUAAAAUUAGCACCACUUCAUCAUGAACUGUCUAAAUCAAAAUAUUAUAACCGAAGAUAGAUAUCCUUUUUCGCUUGUUAAAAAUAUAUGAUUUGACAUAUUCGAUGUACUAUAGGUCAAUCCAAUCAUAUCGUGAAAUGAUAUAUGCUGAUAGGUAAAUACAUUAGAGAAUGUUAUGUUUAUUCUUGUCUUGUUUAUUCAUAGUGAGCCCUUCGUAUUUAGUGAUAGAUCGAAGUAUAUCUGAUUCAUUAAAAUGGAUGUUCUUUGUAUACCAACUAACUAUACAAAUGUACUACUAUGAAUUAUGAACUGUGUACUACCAUGUAAUAUCAAAUGUUUAAGAUAAUUCUAUUUUUAUUUACUUCUAUGUGUUUACAGUUGUAUUAUGUGUUUACAGCUGUAAUAUAUGUUUACAGUUGUAGUAUGUGUUUACAGUUGUAGUAGACCUUUAGGAAGUCCUCGACUUUUAUUUUUAUUUAUUGGUUUAUUUGUUUGUAUCAACAUAUCAACAACAUACAUAUCUCGCAGCCUUGACAUACAGGGCUGAAUUCUGAUCAAGUUGUUUACAAUAUUGAUUAUUAAUAGUAGGGAAAUACAAAUUACAAUCAUAUCGGAAUCUACAUAUUAAUAUAUCACUUUGGUUCGAAAAUUAGGUAUUUACAAUCUUACAAUCGUACAAACUAUGACAAUCUUACGUCGUACAAACCUUGUCAAUCACUAGUACGUGACACACACGUAGUGGCAACCCCGGGAAGGGUAAAGGUCAAAGGAGGACCGCUUCUGCUGGUUUCAGCAUAAAUGAGCAUUUCAUUAUAAGGCCACAACAAGUAAUUUCUAUGGAUGACAUCAG